GCCAAAGAAGCGAGAGAGCUGAUCGAGAAGAUGUUGUUGUUGAUAGUGAAAACACGCAAAGGCUGCCAACUAGAACAAUAAACUAAGCAGAAAAUAAGUAAAUAAAAGAGAGAGAGAGAGAGAGAGAGAGAGAGAGAGGGAGAGAGAGAGAGAACAUUGUGAAAUAAUAAGCAAAAGAGAAGGAACUCAAACAAUGGCCACAAUCAGCGAGGAGGUCAACGGCGAUGGGAACGUCGAGUCAUCGACGGAGGCGGACAGCACAUUGCAGCAGCUAAAGGCCAAAAAGAACAAAUCCAAUUUGUUUCUCAUCAAAUCGUACAGCUUCAUUGAGAAGCCAAGCAGCAACAACAACAACAACAACAAUAUUAAUAAUAAUAAUAACAACAACAACAACAAUAAUCAUCAUAAUAAUAAUAAUAUUAUUAACAAUCCGUCUGGUGGCAAAGUUGAGCUGCUGAGAUCGCCCGAUCUGAAGCCAUUUCCGGACAUCGCCUCCCUGAUGCUGGUCGCCGGCGAACAGCCCACGAGAAAGGCGCGCCUGAAGAAGCCCAAUAACAAACAAAAGCCAGCGAAGACGAAGGCGAAACGUGGCAAGGCGCUGGAGGAGCAGCUGGCCUCGGAGCUCAUCAGCGAGCAGGAGGCACAGCUGCUGCGCCGCAGUCCGCACGAGUUCGUGGAGCUGCUCGAGCAGUUGCCCGCGGCAAAUGGCCAGCUGCCACGCCCACAGUCGCUGCCAGCCAAGGUGCACUUCGAGACGGCCAACGAGACGCUGUGCCUCGAACCGCAGCCGGCGAAGCGACGCGGCGACAACAUCAAACGCGAGUCCUUUCUGCGCCAGAGCCUGCAGUCAAUUCGCCGCAGCUUUGGCUCCAAUAAGCACGCGUCCAAGCUAUCGAUAGCCACGCCCACAGCGACAGAAUCGCCCUCGCCGGGCUCAUCGAACGCCUCGUCCACAUCGUCCACAUCGACCACAUCCUCGUGCUCCUCAGCCACGGCCAUCAGCAUGUUGAGCAAGGCCCAGGCGCACAGUCAUCUCCUCGAUGAGUUCCUGCCCACGCCCUUUGUCCUGCUGCUCAACAAUGAUGCGUUGGGUGACCACAAACAGUAUUUCGGCCAGGCUGUGGAUAUCUGCGACGGCGCUCUUCGGGCUAACAGAUCGACAAGCAGCGUUGUUUGCACAGUUGCGACGGGUGGCAACAACGGCAGCAGCAGCAGCAGCAGCAACAGCAACGGCCAAGCCAACAGCAACAGCAACUGCGGCACCGAUGAGCGUGCAACAAGUUCCAUGGCACCGCAGCAGCUGUCUGCAGCAGGACAAACAGCUGGUGACAACCCUAGAACAGCAGCAGCAGCCGCAACAGCAGCAACAGCAACAGCAGCAGCAGCAACUCUAAGCGAACAGCUGCAACAGCGACGCCAGCAAUACGCUGCACAGUUAUCCCUGCCGGAGACAUUGGGCCCGGAGCACAGUUCCCUGCCCCAGAGCUACAGCAGCUCCGUCGGACCGCUGCAGUCGAGCGGCAGCGCCCAGAGCCUCGCCAGCAGUCCCAGCCCCAGUCCCCGGAACAGUCAAACCCUUAGCCAGGGCCAGGGCAAAGGCCUCAACACGGCCAAACAACAUGAUCAGCAGGCGUCGGCGGUGGCAGCGAUCUCCUCAACAUCUGCCGCCGCCGCCGCCGCCGCCGCUGCUGCUGCUGCUGCCAGCGCUGGCGUUGCGGCAACAUCAGCAGCUGCAGGCGGCGCAGUUGCCGUAACGCCAACCGACAAGGAGAAGAAGCGCAAGGAAGUCUCCAGUUCGCGCGUGAAAAAGUUUCAUCGGCAUUUCUCGCAGGUCUCCAAAGAUGAGAAGCUUAUCAAUUACUUUUCGUGCGCCCUAGUUGGCGAUAUACCGUUACAGGGCCAUCUCUACAUAACGGAUGAUCAUUUCGCCUUCUAUUCCAAUGUCUUUGGCUAUGUGACCAAGGUUGUUAUUCCCACAUCGUCGGUGACGAAAAUCUCCAAGGAGAAAACGGCCAAAAUAAUACCAAACGCUGUGGGCGUGGCCACCGCAGAUGAACGUCACGUGUUCGGCAGCUUCAUCAGCCGCGAGUCGGCCUUCCGGCUGAUGUGCACCGUGUGCAGCCAUCUGGCCACCGGCGCCGAAAUACUGCCCAAGCCAUUGCCCGCGGACGUCGAGCUGACCGAGGAGUAUAUACUCGACGACGACAGCAGCUGCUCGAUCAGCGGCAACGAGAGUCCGCCCCAUCUGCGCGAUCCCUCGGCGCCAGCUGCCCAACUGGAUACACAGAUGCUGCUCCGACAGCGCCCCGGCAGCGACAGGCAUUCCGAUCUACAGACGAAGUGCUCCACACUGGACCUGGCCCAUGGCCAGGGGACCAUACGCAGCUCCGCGCCGCCCAUUGUCCACUACGAGGAGCCGACGCUGGCGGCGGGCGCGGUGCUCAUCUUGGCCGGCGCUGGCAGCCGCUCCACGAACUCAUCGGCGUCCACUUCUGCAACUGCCUCGGCUGCCUCCAGCUCCGGUCCGCCGUCCAGCUCGUCAUCGCCCGUAACUGUUGUUGGCGUCGGCGUCGGUGGGGGCGUCGGUGGGGGCGUGGGCGUGGCAGCGGCUACCGGCACAGUGCCCGCCCGCUCCGAGGGGGGCCAUCUGAGCAGGCUGGGGCAUUCGGUGCGCUCGCAUCUCAGGCUGCGGCUGCCGACGCUCACCGAACUGCACGUACUCUAUCUGGGCAUCAUGCUGGCCAUUAUGCUGGCCCUCUUCUCCGUCUUUCUGCUCUAUCGCAUCCUGGACAUCGAGGCCAAGACGAGUCUCUACAACACGCCUGUCGAUUUCAGCCUGCGUUCGGGCAACGAUGAGGACAUCUUCGCGGAGGCCCUGCGCUGGCAGAAGGAGCUGCAGGACAAAAGCACGGCCGAAGCUCAACACAUUUUAUCCAAGAAUCUGGAGCAAAUAUCCAAGGUGCGCCGCAGCCUGGAGACGCUCUCGAUGCUAAUUCAUGACAGGAGAAACGGUUACGGGCAGCCCCUGGCGGAGGGGGAGGCGGCAGAGGCGGCGGCAGAGGCGGCAGCCAGCCACGCCCACAACGAUGGCGAUGUUAGUGACUGAUUUAAAGGUUUAUUAACCGCCCCCCGCACCCUCCGCUCACCCCUGCGCGCACUCUCUCUUUAAAUUUAAGUUUUAGUCGGCUCCGAGCAGGUGAAGCAAAGCCCAAAGCCCAAAGUAAACAAUUUUAUAUAGUCAUAGUUCAUAUACACCUAGCUAUAUUCAUAAUAUAUAUAUAUAUCUAUAAUUCUAGAUGAGAUCAUAAAUAACUGAAAUAUUUAAUUGUACUCUAUGCUAAACGAGUUUUUUUUUACUAGUCUUAAGCUCAAUUAAAUAUGCAUGAGAAGUCCCCAAAUGGAAAUGUAGCCAAUAUCUAUCUAUAUAUAUAUAUAUAACUAAUCCCAUAUGGAAUACUAUCGUAUAUCUGAACUAUGCCUGCUUUUGCUCCUGCUCCAACAGACCGAGGGAUAAUGAAAAGGUUUUGCUUUGUUUUUAAGUUUCAUGAAAUAAUUGAAAUAAAAUUAAAGUGCUUAUGUGAAGCUUUUGCAAGGUUUUCAAUUUAA